AUGGAGGUGGUCGAGUUAGAAGAGAGCGUGGUCGAUAUGGACGUAAUCGACGACAUCGAUCUCAUGGGGUGUGGCCAUUACUUCUAUUCUGAUUACUCGAGCUCGAUUCUAUACUCAGACUGUACGGUCCUUAUUCAGAAUCUUUUAGGGAAUCAGACUGUCCACACCCGAGGUCCAGGGUACAUGAUAGUCCCGGUCGUCUUCGGGAUCAUCACCGUGGUCGGCCUGAUAGGAAACCUGUGCGUUAUCUUGAUCAUAGCAAGGAAUAAGGCCAUGAGAAGCGUCACCAACUUCUUCAUCAUGAACAAUGCCGUCAGCGAUAUGAUGUUCCUGCUCGUCUGUGCUCCGAUCACCGCCUCGACCUUCGCCUUGCCGACCUGGAUCUAUGGCGAUUUCAUGUGCAAGGCUGUAGUCUACAUGCAGUACGAUUUCCUCUGA